GUUGAGCAACAGCAUAUGUUGCUUGGCUUCGGGAGGAUCGCAUAACUCCAUCCGGUGUUUGGGUCUUAAGUAUUGCUGCACAUCGUAUACGUCGGACCAACAGCCCUGCUUACCGAGUCCACCAAGUCCUAACAGCUUUCUUGCUCGUUAUACUAUAUUAUACCUAACAAAGAGGAAUUUACUUAAUGUAACGCAACCUGUGAUAUAGUUACGGUUGAGGGACGCGGCAACGAAACAUGCCGAGCUUAGAGAGGCUAAUUGCUGAGGUGGAGCCCAAUGUCAUUACAGAGGGGCUCACGAGAGAAUGCAUUCAGAUCCAAGGCGGCGAGCCGGACACGGCUGCGAACAAGAAACGCAGCAUGCCGUUCCGGGACGUGGAGUGCUUGGCGUUUAGCUUCAAAAACCUGGCAUGCAUUGACAAUCUCCGAGGCCUCGACAAUCUAACCAAGUUACAACUCGACAACAACCAAAUCACGAAGAUUGAAAACCUGGGGCACCUGGUGAACCUCACCUGGCUGGACCUCUCCUUCAACCGCAUCAGCACCAUCAGCGGCCUGGACACGCUCACGAAGCUGGUGGACCUCUCACUGUUCAACAACCAGAUCUCAAAGAUAGAAAACCUGGACACGUUGGUUAACCUCAAUGUGCUGUCGCUAGGCAACAACCAGCUGUCGGCGCUGGACAACGUGAUGUACCUGCGGCAGUUCAAGCAGCUGCGGCUGGUGAACCUGGCGGGCAACCCCAUCUGUAAGGACCAUGACUACCGCUCCUACGUGCUGUCGCACAUCAAGGACCUCAUCUACCUGGACUACCGCAGGGUCAACCCAGCGGACGUGCAGGCGGCCCGCGAGCAGCAUCAGGACGAGAUGAUCGAGCUGCAGGAGCGUGAGGAGCAGCAGGUGCAAGAUGAGAAGCUGAAUGCGGAGCGGGACGCGCACAACAAGCUGAUGACGCAGGCCAACCUGGAGGGCGUGGAGACGCUCAUAGACGACAUGGUCAAGGAAGACCCUGAGUGGCCGCGGUUGACGCAAGUGCCCAACCUGCUGGACCCCUGGAACGACAUUCGUGAUAAGUUCAACGUCUCCACGGACGAAUUCAAGGUGGCUAUUCUGGAGCAGCACAGCAGGAAGAAGGCAGAGUACGACGAGUGGCUUGGUGUCGUACGGUCGUACCUCGACGAAAAGGACGCGGAGGCGCGGAAGCUUAUCAUCGAGUACGAGAAGGCCAAGAAGCACACGUCCCGGCAAGUAGUCGACAACCCGGCGCUGGCGGAUACACAGAUCCUCAACCUCAAGGUCAAGCUCAUGGCGCUCAAGGACCAGCUCAUGGCCAUUGAGAUGGAGGCUGUGGAGGUGGUGGAUGGGCUGGUGCAGGAGUUUGACCGUGCCUACUCGGAGCUUGCGGAGAUCAACAAGGGGCAGUACAAUGGCUACUUCACGCAGGUCCGCGACUUGCAGAAUUCCUUCUUCAACCAGCUCACGUCGGUGGCCAUGACGGUGUUUGAAAAGUACAACCAGGAGAACAGCGACAUCGACAGCCUGCCGGAGGACGCGCGUGUGCUGCUGCAGGACAAGGACAGCCUCAUGAACGCCCUACAAGCCAGCCACGACGCGCAUAUGCAGAAGAUCGACGCGCUAGAGGACCGGCUAGUGAGCCAGGAGCUGCGCGGUGCCAACGACCUCACGUCUUCCAACGCAACGUGGGCAACACGACGCAACCGCGACCGCAUUUCGGAAAUCAUCAACUAUGUGGAACGCAACAUGCUGGAACUGGACGAGCUAGCAGGGGAGGACGACGGCGGGGAGGCGUAAGGGUCAUGAUGUGGACGAGGUGUUUGGGUGCUGCCAUGCUGUGUUUGGUACGGUUCUGUUUUCUUCGGUGCGUGAACUGCUGGUGUCCGGUACAUACAUGGAUAGGAGGACUGUUUUUAUCUAUGAUUGUUGGCAACCGUUGCAGCAAUGCGAAACGGGGCCUAUGAUAGACCCAUGAGACUCGGAAGUUAUACCGGGGUGAUGUUAUAUGUGGGACGUGCGAAGCGAUUGACACUGCUAAAUUUGGCCUCAGUCCCUUAGAUGAAAAGCAUCAAGGUGAUUCAGUAAGUAAUUAGGUCUGUUUCAUGUUUUCGUCAUAGGCCGUACUAAAGGAUGCAAGUGUCAAUCGUCGCGCGUGCAUGACAACGUGCAAUGCCAAUGUGUGAGAGGCCUCAUGUUGAAGACUGAAAUUGUGGUCAACCCCGGAACCAUCGUGUGAUUCCGGGUCCCUCCACUACUUUAUAAUGAAUCAUCGGCCCAUGGAAUGUCAUAUAG